AAUAAAGACGUCUGCGUAGAGGACGACCGAGACUAUCGGCGGAGCGUCGGCAUUGGAGAUUCGGCUGCAGGACGAGGAAGACUCGUAGACUUUUCCCCGCAGAAAGCUCGCAUUGUGUUUAUUCCGGGUGAAAUUCGUUAUUAAUCACCAGCCAUGAAGUUACUCUGGGCUCUCGCUGCUCUGGUUGUGAGCUGUUGGCGAGCCGACGCGUCCACAGCGGGUUUUAUAAAAUCCCCCCUCUCCCAGAUGAAACUCAUCAACAACAGUGUUGACCUGCACUGUGAGGUAAUAGGGAACCCCAUUCCAGAGGUGCAGUGGUGGUUUGUAGAGGGUGAAGAGUCCAAUGAAACGUUCACCCAGCUGUUUGACGGGGCACGUCAUGAACGUGUCGGAAUAAAUGCCACAUAUAUAGCCCACGCCGCCAGCACCAUUCACCUCCUCAGCCUCACUCUUGACGACACGGGCACAUACGAGUGCCGUGCUUCAAACGACCCUGACCGCAACGAUCUGAAGAAGACGCCCAAAAUCAAGUGGAUCCGCUCGCAGGCAAACAUUAUUGUGAUUGAAAACCCACAAAUCACCGUUGAUCCGCCUGAGGUCAGCAACCAAACAUCUGCCAUUCUCACCUGCAACUUGACGAGCAGCCUUCCUAGUAAGGGCUCCUUCUGGACGCACAAUGGCAAAGUCAUUGAAAAUUCAAAGUCCAGUAAGAAUACUUACUAUGCAGAACACAGUUUGGAAAAGAUCACAUAUCAGCAGUCUGGUCAUUAUGAAUGUGUGUUUGAGACCGAGCCACAAGUGAGGGGAGCCAUCGAGGUGAAAACUCUUCCUCAUAUUGGAGCCAAUAAGCAUUCUGAGCACGGUAAUGAGUUGGACAAAGGUGUGCUCACUUGUGUGGCUCAUGGUUACCCCCUCCCUACUUAUUGGGUGUGGGUCAAAGAGGAGGAGGGUAGUCAGAAGACCAUCUUCAACGGCACAGUUGAGAGAUACGAGAUCAAGAACACCCCUAACAAGACCACACUGACUAUUGAUGAACUGAACAUGGACACCGACAGUGGAUACUAUAUCUGCUCUGGAACCAAUGAACUGGGCACAACUAGCGACAAGAUCCAGCUGCGCGUCCGGAGUCGCCUGGCUGCUCUCUGGCCCUUCCUUGGAAUUGUGGCUGAGGUCAUCAUCCUUGUGACAAUCAUCUUCAUCUAUGAAAAGAGGAGAAAGCCUGAUGAGGUCAAUGAUGACGAUGACUCAGGAGCUGCUCCUCUGAAGAGCAAUUCUACUUCAAACCACAAGGACAAGAAUGUGAGGCAAAGGAAUUCCAAUUAAAAGCUGAAGGAGAUGGAUGUCAAGUUGGCACUCCAGGAUUCAACUGUUGUAUGGCACAUUAUAUUGUGCAAACCUACAAUUUUUAAGUACCUUUUUUGUGCUUGAGUGUAAAUGGUUUUUAGGAGAAUAAUUUCCCCGAUUUCUUUUUAUGCUUCAAUUCUUCCCAUUGUGCAGCCAGGACAUGGUGUUAAACAACACUUUCUGCUUGAGCCCAUGUGGCAAAUAUUGCAUGAAUUUAAAUGCUGUUCUAGCCAAGCGUGUGUUGUGAAAUUGCAUAAAAAUGCUUAGUUUUGUGCUGACGCUUCCUGCGCUGGCCUCACAAUGGUCACUCUAUGCUUUGCCAUUCUUUAAUUUGGAGCACCCAGUCGUGAAGCAGGACAGUGUUUGAGGUUCUCCUAUGCUGUUGAUCCAGUGAUUGCUGUUCUUGUUGGGAAAACUUUAGUUCUGGAAUUUAUGAUCUGUUGCAACCCUUCAAGCCAGGCUUCGCAGAGUUCAUUACUUUGCCUUAAACUGCUUUUUUGUGUCCCUUUUUUAUUUUUUCUGUUUUUAUCCAAUGAAGUAUUUGAUUAGAUUUGAUGCUUUAAAUUUAUUUCACAAUUUGCUAACAUUUGCUAACAUUUAAUGUCUGCAAGAAGUGUUAAACUAAUUUUAAUAAAUGUUUUCUUUUUUUAUUGUUCAAACAGGGGCCCAUUUAGUUACCGACCACCCCAGUAAAAACGUGUUUCCAACCAAGUGCAAAAGGUUUUUACUGUUGCAUCUUUGCAGUGCAACUUCAGUAAUGUGCACGUAUUUCAGAUUUAAACUACUACUGAAUCUUUUUUCCUCUCUGCUUAUUGUAAUCUGAAACACUUGUUUGUUCAAUGGCUGUCUCUGUCCUCUUCACUUUGUAGAUAAUUCAGAAGCGAUAUAUUCCAUCUAACCUAAACAAUGUGGUGAUUGAAUGUUACACUUUAUAGUUGGAAAACUUAAAGACUUAGCCAGAAUUGUGUCAAGUGCUGUACCCUCUGUCAACAUGUAAUGCCAUCCUUUGUACAACUUGCACAAACUGAAAUAAAGAUAUUGAAAUUUAAAA